GGCUCGGCUCGGCUCGGCUCGGCUCGGCGGCUUUUCUCACGGGGUGGCAGCGAGCUGCGGGCGGGUGCGGGGCUCUGCGGCGAGAAGCGCUGUUGCCUCGUUAGUUAAAAGCCGUGUAACGGGAAGUUUGAAGUCAUGGCCGGAAAACCGAAACUUUACUACUUUGAUGGAAGAGGCAAGAUGGAGUCAAUUCGCUGGUUGUUAGCUGCAGCUGGGGUCGAGUUUGAAGAAGAGUUUUUGGAAACCCGAGAGCAGUAUGAGAAGCUCCUGCAAGGUGGAUCCCUGCUAUUUCAGCAAGUGCCCUUGGUAGAGAUUGAUGGGAUGAAGAUGGUGCAGACUAGAGCCAUCCUCAGCUACGUAGCAGCAAAGUACAACCUCUACGGGAAGGACCUGAAGGAGAGAGCCCUGAUUGAUAUAUAUGUUGGAGGAACCGAUGAUCUUAUGAGCUUCAUUUUGAUGUUCCCAUUCUUAUCGGCUGAGGAUAAAGAGAAACAACGUGCUGUUAUAGUUCAGAAGGCGACAAGCAGGUAUUUCCCAGCAUAUGAAAAGGUUUUGAAAGACCAUGGGCAGGACUUUCUUGUUGGCAACAAUUUUAGCUGGGCGGAUGUUCAUCUUCUUGAAGCCAUUUUAAUGGUAGAAGAGAAGAAGUCAGACGUGCUCUCAGGCUUUCCUCAGUUACAGGCAUUUAAAGCAAGGAUAAGCAGCAUCCCCACAAUCAAGAAAUUUCUAGAGCCAGGAAGCCAGAGAAAACCUGUUCCUGAUGACAAAUACGUGGAGACUGUGAGGAGGGUUCUCCGCAUGUAUUAUGAUGUAAAAGCGAAUUAGUGUGCCUGGCUAAAACAACAGCUGUCCUCGGUUUAAGAGAACUAUCAGAUUGCACAUGUACAAUUAUACUGCAGAGAGAAGGUGAAGGGGUGUUUGAAAGGAGUUUCAAUGGGCAGUAUCUCAUGUUCUGUCAUACAAAAUACAGUAGGCAGGUAUCUUUUAUAACACUUUACUACUAGCCUAUUUUAUUACUUCAUUCUUCUUGAGAUUUUUCUGGUAAUUUUAAGCAAGUGAAAUGGCAGCAAGCAUGCUGUCUUCCUGGAGACUUUUUGGAAGAGCGAAAAAGAAAGAAAUGUGAGUUGCUGACUGACAGCUUCAGCAUGUUCUGCUACUUCCGAGGACUUUCUUCUGAGAUCCAGACCAGAUUCUUGUAUGAUGAUUGCUUUCAAUUCAGGUCUUUAUUGUUUUUAAUAUCACUACAGGCAAAUGAAACAAGUGGUUUUUAAAGAAAGUAGAAGGGAGGUGUUUCUCUUGCCAGUUCUAUUGGACAUCAGUAACUUGUCUGAAGUGUCAGCAUUGUGCCUUUGUAACUAAGCUGCGCUUUUCUUUUAUUACUGAAUUAGGAAACAAAUUGACUGCCAAAUGGCAUUUUUGUGUAACUGCUGUAUCUAGAGGAUCUGUUCUAAUCAAAUAAAGUUAUUUUUAUGUGGU